AUGGGUAGUACUCUGGAGAGAAAUUUAGUUAAGCUACCAGAAAUUCAUUUAUCAGCAGGUGAUGAUGAAGUAUUUGAACCUGCUUCACUGCCAAUUGAUUCAGAUGGAUUUAUCGUUGCUUUUACUAUUGAACAACAGGAAGAAAUUUUAAAAUUUUUCGAAAGACACGGAGUAGUCGUUGUAUCGAAUGUAUUGACGAAUGAACAAUGCGAGCGUAGCAUAGAUGACGUGUGGACAUUCUUACAAGAGCUGUUCAAUCCGGAUAUUCAGCGAGAUAAGCCAGAGAGUUGGAGUUAUAGGUGGCCAAGUUUUUCGAAACUGGGCAUACUUGGGGAUACUCCUUGGUUAUAUCCUCAAGCGUGUGAUAAUCGACAAAAUGCAAAUAUUUACCAAGUAUUUCAAACAUUGUUGGGCGAUAGUGAAUUGAUUGUGAAUAUUACACGAGCUGGUUUAAUGCGACCGACGAAAGAUAUAUUCUUUCCAUCGCUCAACAAAACGGAGGAUAGAGAAAACUGGAAAACAGUAUCAGAAUGGCUUCAUUUGGACAUGAACCCGUUGACAGGUCGAUCGACAACUUACGGAUUUGAACACGUUGCCGAAGGUCAUUUCGAUGCAUCCAAAAAUCCGCUCAUGGCACAAAAUGUACCGACAAAUAACGGCAUGCGAGUAAGAAAGUUACAAGGAAUAGUAGCGUUAGCUGAUUGUCGAGAAGAAGAUGGUGGAUUUCACGCAGUGCCUGGAUUCCAGAAUUUUAUUUCAACAUGGACUUCACAGAAUCAGCAAGUAUGUUUAGAUGCAAAUCAAGGUGGAGAUCCCACUACUAUACAAAUUCCUAAGAAUGAUCCUAUUCGAAAACAUAUUCAACGAAUGCCGAUUCGAAAAGGAAGUUUACUGGUAUGGGAUAGUCGAUUGCCACAUGGAAAUUUUCCAAACAAUUCUAAUCGAAUGAGAAUUGUUCAAUAUAUGCACAUGGCACCAGUUGCAGAUGAAGCUUUGCGUUCAUUUCCGUUGACAAAAGAAGAUUUACCUGCUACGUUUCAACUCACUGAACUAGGAGAAAAACUGUAUGGAUUUAAACCAUGGCAGUCAACAAGAGCAAGAAAGAGAUUUCAAGAGAAAAGAAAUCCAGUAGUAGUAGAGCAAGCGAGCCGUGAAAGAAUAGCCAGAGAUAUGAUCAUAGCUGAACUACAUAAACAGAACAAAAGUUAG